AUGCCCUCUAGAAGGAUUCUUCCAACCAAAACCGAUGACAUCUCCGUGCCCGUCCCACAUCUACAGUACACCGACCGUAAAGACAAUGCUACUUCUCAUUCGCCAAUCGAUUUACUCCCUCACCGCAGGAACUCCCUUGUACCACCUAAGGAAGAGCACCACAUCGCUUACCAACCCUGGCUAAAAAAUCCCGAGAUAUUCAGUCACUGCCAGCUAGCCUAUGACAGCGACCGGCUCGCGGCUUUGGCGGGACUCAUCACAACAAAACAGAUGGACGAAUACAAAGGCGUCAGGAACUUGUUCGGACUUUGGGAGCGCGACCUACACGUUGAACUUUGCUGGGUGGCCAACAUCUUCGCUGGUACUGGUGUUUUCAAGGGCCUCACGUUCCUGCAACAUCUUGCUCUGCCGUCAUGGACAUGA